AUGUCGAAUUAUCAUCGAUUAUGGCCAGUAUUAUGUACUAUGGUGAUAUUUACUAUAUUAAGUGGACGAUUAGCUUUGGAAUUAGCGAAUGAUAAUGGGUACGUGAUGUAUUGUCCUUGCAUGGGUCGCUUUGGUAAUCAAAUUGAGCAGUUACUUGGUUCGAUAUCAUUCGCUCGGAUUCUUAAUCGAACUCUAGUUCUACCGCCGUUUAUCGAAUAUCAUCGCGGUGAAUCGAAAGCCGUAAUGAUCGAUUUUGAUCGUUAUUUCUUACUGGAACCGUUCCGCGGAUUUGUCGACGUAAUGUCGAUGCAGAGAUUUAUGAACGAUGUUGCUCCUUUAGUAUGGCCACCUGAUCGGAGAAUUGCAUUUUGCUGGAGUCCUCGCAAAGCAUUUUUCACCAAAAGUGAGAAUAUUAGUUGUCAUGCAAAAGAUGGAAAUCCAUUUGGACCAUUUUGGGACCAUUUUGGAAUUGAUUUUGUUGGUGAUAUUUUUUAUGGUUCAGUAAUACCAAAUGGUUAUAAUAUUAAACAUGAAAAUGUGAAGGAAAAUUGGAUGAAAAACUUUCCUCCAUCCGAAUAUCCUGUACUUUCAUUCAUAUCAGCACCAGCGCCUUUCCCUUCGUUGUUUGAAGAUCAAAAGCUUCAAAAAUACCUGCAGUGGAAUGCUGUGGUGUCAGCAGAAGCGGAUAAUUUUAUUGCACAAAGCCUUAAACGACCUUUCAUCGGAAUUCAUCUUCGUAAUGACGUCGACUGGGUGAAUGUGUGCGAAAAUGUUGAAGAUGGUGUGACGAAAACAAUUUUUGCUUCAGCUCAAUGCACAGGAUAUUUCGGAGAGCAUGGAAGUUUAACGAAGGAAAUGUGUUUUCCUCCGCUUUCAAUAAUUUUAAAUGAUACAGAAUAUGAAGUAAAACGUAUCUCUGCGAAAUCAGUUUUUGUUUCAAGCGAUCGAAAUCAUUAUAUCGAUGAAUUGAAUCAACGGCUUGCUUAUUUAAAAGUAAUUGUUCAACGCCUCGAAUCAAACAAUGCUCAUUUAAGUCUUGCAAUAUUAGGAAAAGCUGACCAUUUUAUCGGAAACUGUGUUUCCACAUUCAGUUCAUUUGUUGUUCGUGAACGUCAUUUCGCACACGAAUCACCAAAACCCUCAUCAUUCUUUGCUUUUCGAAAAAGAUUUAUUAAAGAAAAAAUUGAGCUCUGA